AUGGGCAGAUCAAAGAAAAGAUCAAGAGCAUCUUCGUCUCGAUUAAAUCCACUACGCAAAGCUGGGUCAAAUGACAAUAAUAAAGAUACCAACGUCGUUAAUAAAAAACUCCAGCCGCUAUUGCAGAAUUUGUCAAGUGUGGUGCCUAAUGAUAGAAGUAUUGCUUUGAGUUCCAUCAGUGUUCUUUGUGAGGAUGCACAUAUGAGACAACUUUUACUGAAAGAGAAAUUAGUUCCUAUCAUUUUGAAUAAAUUGCUGAACGAUUCUAAUUCGGACAUAGUUGUGGAGUCGUUCGGCUUAUUAAGGAACUUGUCUUUGGAAGAAGGUUAUGAUGUGUCAAUCUACCUUUGGAGAUCUGAUAUAUGGACAAGUAUAACAAGUAAUUUUGGCAGGAUUGUUGAAUCGUUAUCCGCUUUGCAAGCAGCAGAACAGCAACCGCAGCUAAAACCUGCAGGAAAAUCCAAAAUAGAAUCUAAAAGGUUGUUAUUCGAUUUUGCCGAUAACUUACUGUCGUUAGUGGUGGCUCUGUCUAAUGGAUCCGACGAUAUUCUUAAUGAGAUAUUAACGGAAAGUAAAAUAAAUGAAAUUUUUCAGGUCAUUUCACAGCUAUUAAAAUAUGGUGUCGAGAAACUGCCAAUUAAUCUGUUCAAUACCACUCUUGAUCUCAUUUAUGAUUUGAGUUCCGAAUCAUUUGAAUUUAUUGAUCAUGUUUCCAACAAUGAACUUCUAUCACAGUUCUUAAAUGGGCUAUCUCCGGCUUUACAUCCACAAGCUAAUGAAUUAACAAAAGUUCUAAUUGAAGGUAUCCAUUGCCAAUUCCUUGACAUGAAAAUAACUUAUGAUCAAUGUAACAAAAUGAUCCACUCUGUAUGUCAUUCCAUUAAUAACAUUGAUCCAGUACAGUUAGUUAAUGACAUUAAUAACCCUGUAGAAAUUGGACCUGCUACUAGUAAAGAUGAAAGCAGUAAGGUUAUAACUAAGAUCAAGGAUUACAAUGCGAAACGUAACGAAUCCAUGAUAAAAUUGCAAAGCAUUGAAAUAGCAAUUGAUCUUAUCACCGCAAUCAUUGAGAUAGUUGCAUCCAAAUAUGAAUCACCAGAAUCACAGGAAGUAGCAAUUCCAGAGGAGCUAAUCAAUACCUUAACAAAUUUCUUACCUCACGUUUUCAUGAUUUUGAAAGAUACCUUCACCUCGCGAAUAUUGAUCGGAUGGAACAAUCUGAUCUGGCUCUUUGUGUCUCUAUCUCUAACAGAGCUCUCUGGAGAGUUGUUAACCACCUUAUGGAGUUAUGUUACACAGUUGGACAGCCAAGAUGAUUUGAGUAUUAAAAUAGGAAGAAUGGGCUGUAUUUGGGCGCUUCUGAAACUCAUCUUUCCUGAUGGAGCGUUUGAAAGUGAGAAUCGAGCAUUGAUCAAUGUCCAAAUGCUGAACAAUUCAGGAUUCGCUAGGGGAAUUAUUGAAGAGUUCCAAAAUAAUAAUGACCUUGAGUUACAACAAAAAUGUAUUAAUGUACUAAGCACAUAUGCUAUGAUUCAGGGACAAAUUGAUGCAAAUAAGGAGAUUGGGCAGUUCUUCAUACAAACUUUAACACAGUUGAAUGUUCGCCCUGAAAUUUUGAUAGAAAUGACAAAUUCGCUUUUCCAAAUUUACGGGGAUGCCUCUUACGACUAUAAUGAACCAAUAUUUGUAAGGGGUGGAUUUUUAUCUAUUCUAAAAGACCAAGUUGUACCAAAUUUGAGGCAGCAAUUCAAAAUGGUUGAUAAAAACAAAAAUCCCGAACUAAAAGAAAGAUGCCAUGAUUGCUUUACUACGUUGGAUAGUUUCAUUCACUACAAAAUGAAUGAAAAUUCUACUAACCAAUAG